AUGGGAAGUGCAGUGGUCACAAUAUAAAAGAAUAUCUUCGAGCAAGCAUCUUUAUUUAGAAAUAGAAAGACCUUCCUAAAUGAGAAAUAAAAAUAAACAAAUAAUCUCCUCAAACUCUAUUUCUUAUCUACAUUCGCAGUGUUACUCACACAAUUAGCAAUUAUGCAAUAAGAGAAUGUGAUAUUUCAGAUGUAUGGCGAUUAUCGAAAGAAGAUAGAGCAGGAAAGGAAGUUUGUUAGAGAAACAUUAUGA